UUUGUCAGGCGGGAGCGCGUUGCUUAGCAGCUCGGAACAGGACUUUUCUCCCCCCCCGUCUCUCUGUGGAUAGAUUGCUUUUUCCCGGCACCAGCAUGCCCUACAGCGUGACUCUCAAGGGACCCUCCCCGUGGGGGUUUCGCCUGGUGGGGGGACGGGACUUCAGCACGCCGCUGACCAUCUCCAGGGUAACAGAGGGCAGCAAGGCGGCUCAAGGCGACCUGUGCCCCGGCGACACCAUCCUGGCCAUUAACGGCGACGUGACCGAGCAAAUGACCCACAUGGAGGCCCAGAACAGGAUCAAGAACUGCACCCGGCAGCUCUCGCUCAUCAUCAGCAGGUCUGGAUCGGGAGAGAGAGUGUGGUCGCCGACAGUUGGUGAAGAUGGCAAGACGAGCCCCUACACGGAGCCCGAUUCACAGAACUUCCGGCCCAUCACCAGUGGCUACGCCAACUACAACCGCAAGCCCUCGUACACCCCCGAGCCUCAGCCCCCGCCGCCCCCGCCGCCCGCUCACAUGCACAACGGGUACUCCAAGACCGGCGCCAGCAACCACAACAACAACGGCCACAGCUACGCUUACGGCAACGGCAACGGCACCGGGGCGCACGCCGCGUACAACAACCCGGCCGGACUCUACGCACCCAACGGGAGCAACGGGGACAGGUCUCUGCCAGGGAAACUGGGGGGUCUCAGCCUGAGCGCCUCUCACAGCCCCGAGCCCCCCACGCACUCCCCCGCGGGCCGCAACGGCGUGGACAUGCAGUCGCACGUCUAUAAGAUGCUGACCGACUACGAGGAGCCCUCCUCGGAGCCCAAACAGUCCGGAUCCUUCAAAUACCUUCAGGGAAUCCUGGAGGCUGAGGAUGGAGGCGUGUCCCCAACAGAGAGGAUGAGGAACCUCAAGUCUCCGGUCAGAUCCCCCAUCCCAAAGCUGGGGAGCCCCAUCCCUGGUUCCAUGUCUGGUCUGCAGAAGCUGCCCCAGUGCACACGCUGCUGUAAUGGCAUUGUGGGCACCAUCGUGAAGGCCCGGGACAAACUGUACCACCCAGAGUGUUUUGUGUGCGACGACUGCGGCACCAACCUCAAGCAGAGGGGGUACUUCUUCAUUGAGGACAAUCUGUACUGCGAGACCCACGCCAAGGCCCGCGUGCAGCCCCCAGAGGGCUACGACGUGGUGGCCGUCUACCCCAACUCCAAGGUGGAGAUCGUCUGAGGUGGACGGCAGGCAGAAACAUCUGAAGAAGGUGUCUACUAAGGGUCGUCCUCGCUGAGCGCUUUCAUGCAGGAAUGCUCAUCUUGGACCACUGGGAGCUUCAUCUCUGUGGGACUGGGGGGGGUCCGCGAUUAGCAUUCCUGUAGUUGCUGCGCUGGCGGAGUGAAGCAGCAUCAGGCCGUGACGCUCUUUCUGCUGCACGCUAACACUUCCUAGCUUCUUCUUGUCCUGUUGGUAGGCGCCUGAGCAUCACAAGCGGGGUGACUGUGGAAUGUCAGCUGAACUUGGCUGAACUUUAACCUGAGCUAAACGGCUCCAUAUGCAACUAUGCUAGCUCCACCUUCGCAAAUGCAAACAAAACGCCGCAAGGGCAAAGUCUCCCAUUCCGCUGCAUUUACGCUGCACGUGACACAAUUCUCUCUUUUUUCCCUUCCAUGUGAAUCAGGAUAAAAUCGGGUAUCGGAAUUAAAUUGGAAGUGGGCAUUUAAGCGUUGCAAAUUAUGCAGAAAUAAGGAUUCCACACUUCUUAUCUCUCACUGCAGCAUUCAUACCGAAUUUCCUCAUCUAGCGGCCAGGAGAGCGCUUAUUUACGUCACUGCAGAAGGGCCAAGACAUGAGGCCAUGUGUAAUAUAUAUUUAUAUAUAUAUAUAAAAUUAUGAAAGCCUGCAUUUUCUUAAGAAAUUUUCUAUAAUUGUAAAUAAUAUUGUAUAUUUCAAUCAUUUUUAGAAGUAUUUUUGUAUUUUUAAAACAAAAUCAAAUGAUUGUCAUUGAGGAAAUGCACAAACCUUUGUUUGUUAAAUACAUUUCGUAACAGUAAACAAUGUUCCAUAUAUUUUCAUAUAUUUGUGCGGUAUUUUUUUUUUGUAAAAACAAAAUUUAAUUAUUAUGAUUAUUAUAGAUAAAUGCACAAAUCUUUAUUUGUUAAAUACAUGUUAUAAUAGUAAAUAUUAUUCUAAACAUUUUAAUAAUUUUUGAAGUUGAAAAAGAAAAGAAAAUGCAUUUUUUUUAAGCGGAAAUGCUCAAAUCUUUAUUUGUUAAAUACAUUUUAUAACAGUAAAUCAUAUUUUUUUCAUUUUGUAAAUAUUAUUUUUAUGUGAUUUAGUUAAAAAUGAAAUAAAAUAAUUAUUAUGGAUGAAAUGCAUAGAAUCUGCAACAACUUAGGUUGGCUAAUCCUUAUUUGAUAUGAUAGUAAACAAUGUUUUUCAUCAUUUUUAAUUGUUUCAUUUGUUAAAUCAAUUUGAGAACAGGAAAUAAUAUUCUGUUUUUUUCAUUUCAUCAUUUUUUUACUAAUCAAAUAAAAGAAUUAUAAUUGAGGAAAUCCAUAAAGUCUGACACAAUUUAGGCAGCAGAAUACAAAACGUUAGAAUAGUAAAUAAUAUUCAAUGUUUUUUAUUUAUUACAUUUCACUCUAUUUUUUGGUUUUAAAACAAAAUAAAACCCAGGCAGGCAAAUCUGAAGUAAAAAAAAAAGCAAGAGAGUGCUAGAUGCCUCGAUGUGUGCUGCUGUUUUGGUUAGCAACAAAGUUCCGUUUGUCAUGACUUAAGUGACGGAUGCUUCAUUUUCUAAUUUGGUAGCGUUUUUGUUUCCGUUUAUUGCGACAUGGUAUCUAUUGGAGCGAAGGCCGCUGUUUGAGGAAAUACAUGAAUGGGAUUGUAAACAAAGACGUCACCAUAGCAACCUGCAGCUCCACUCUUCCAGCUGGACCUUCUUGUCCGGAUUGUUCCACAUUAGCGUCCACACAAGCAAAAGGCCUGAAUGACGUUGUCACCGCUGCAUGAUGUCAUCAUUCUUGACAAAGCCUGACUAUUUUUAACAACUUUUCUCAUUGAAAAAUGUUAUUUUUCCUUGCGCGCACUCCGUAAUCCUGUAAAUUGUAAAUGUUGAACAUAUAAAUUGAUAUCGGCGCCACACCUGGCUGUCGCUGUUGUACAGAAACAUGUUGCCUUCUCUCUUUCUAGUUCUUCCACGUUUAACUUAUUGCUCUGCCAACGCUUUUCGCUUGGGUUGAGGAUGUUCUGAUUUGCCGACCCAUAAAAGGAAAAAGGUGCCUGACAAGCCAGCGGACGUGCAGGUCUUAAGUGCCGCACGACACCGGAUUCUUCCUGGCUUUGUUGUGCUCGUGCAAACGUUUUCAUGACAAUCUUACCCUCCAUCAAUCCACCGCAGGUUUAGAUAACAACACUAAGCGUUGCGAUAUCGUCUUUACAAUGUCAAUACUAACAAUGCUUAGUGAAAGCGGCGUCCCCCAGGGCUCCGUCUUAGGUCCACCUUUCAUUUGCUUGCACACACUCCCUGCUGAUUGAUGCGCUUACAGUCUGAUUUUUUGAAUUCUUGGAAUGAUUGUUUGCAAAAUAAAAUGAUUGUUUUCA